AUGCUGUACAUCAUCGGCCUGGGCCUGGCUGACGAGCGAGAUAUCUCAGUCAAAGGGCUCGAGAUUGUGCGGACAGCCGAGCGCGUGUACCUCGAAGCCUACACAGCUGUUCUGCUGGUCGACAAGGACGUUCUGGAAGCUUACUAUGGCCGCCCAAUCAUAAUUGCAGACCGGGAAAUGGUCGAGUCUCGUUCAGACGACAUUCUGGAAGGCGCACAUGAGAAAGAGAUCGCAUUCCUGGUAGUGGGUGACCCGUUCAGUGCGACGACUCACACAGACUUCGCCCUCCGCUGUCGACAGAAUGAUCCGCCCAUCCCGUACAGGACGCUGCCCAACGCGAGCAUCUUGACUGCUGUAGGUGCGACAGGAUUGAGUCUGUAUCACUUCGGCCAGACAGUGUCAAUGGUCUUCUUCACGGACGACUGGAGGCCAGACAGCUUCUACGAUCGCAUCGCGGAGAAUGCGAGACUUGGACUGCACACGCUGGUCUUGCUCGAUAUCAAGGUCAAGGAGCCAAAUUUGCAGGCUCUUGCACGAGGGAAGAUUGUAUACGAACCUCCUCGAUUUAUGACAGUUGCGCAGUGUGCGGACCAGAUGCUUGAAGUCGAAGAGAAGAGGCAAGGAGAUGUAUGCGGCAAUGAAAAGUUGGCCGUAGGUGUCGCAAGAUUGGGAAGUGAGGGUGAGCAGGUCGUAGCAGGCACACUAAAAGAGCUUGCAAGCGCGGAUCUGGGGAAGCCAUUGCACAGCCUUGUGUUGUGCGGCAAGAAGAUGCAUGAGAUGGAAUGGGAAUACAUGCGCGACUUUGCCAUAGACAAGGAGAAAUUCGACACCAUAUGGAAGAGGGACUAUUCAGGCCAUGCAUAG